UCCAACGUCACCAAAGCGACGAGAAAACUGGGCGCCAUUUUGAAAAAAUAAAAAAGUGAAAACAUUCCACAUUAAUCUUUUGUAUUAUUAUUAUUAUUUUGUAAGAUUUGUAUUCAAGGGAGAAGACACGGACAUGGAGCCAACGGUGAGCUGGUCUCCCGAACAGACCGAGGCGCUCCUAUCCCUGUGGUCGGAGGAGAAAAUUCAACAUCCAGCUGUUCUGGCGAAUAUUCCUAAUUCCUUCACUGCAAGUGUCCAAGGACCUAAUAAAAAGGAAAGCACACACGAUACUGUUUUCUAUUCCAUUAAAGUGGAGGACUCUAAUACUCCGUGUACCAGCAACGGAGCGGCUGAGGCUUCAUUUCAGACUUCAGCCUUGUGGUCAGCCACCACUGUGGAAAGAAGAAGAGAUAAGCCCACAUGUAGCUGGUCAAAGAAAGAGGUCCUAACGUUGCUGACACAUUGGGCCAAUCCAGCCGUUCAGCAGGAGCUCAGUCGCAAUGUGAGAAACAAUGCCGUCUACAGCAGCCUCAGCGCCAAACUGGCGUCGCUCGGGUACAACAAAACGGCACAGAAGUGCAAGGAGAAACUGAAGAAGCUGAAACAGGAUUACAGGAGAAUCAAGAACAGCAAUCAUUUGGAUGGUGGGAAGAAUAUAUGGUUUGACAUUAUUGAUCAGGUCCUCGGUGCUCCACCUGCUGCAGUACCGAAACAGCCAGAAACACGGAAGCUGUCCUCCGCAGAGCCUGGUCUGCCAGUAGUGUUUGAAGAGAAUUGUAAAGGUUUCUCUCCUUCAGCAAACGAUUUCGAAACCUUCUCUGAGACCGGCCCGACUUCUGCCUCCACCGACAUAAAGAAAGAAGCGGAUUUCUUCGUGGUCAGAAUUGAUGAUGAUGACACGCCAUCAACAAGCACUGCAGGUUCCUCCUCUGCUCAGCAGACCUCUGACAUGUUUGCAACCAGCCAUGUGGAAAAAAGGAAAUAUGUCCACACAUGUAGCUGGUCUAAGAAGGAGGUCCAAGCGUUGUUGGCAUACUGGGCCAAUCCGGCCGUUCAGGAGGAGCUCCGUCGCAAUGUGAGAAACAACGCCGUCUACAACAGCCUCAGCGCCAAACUGGUGUCACUGGGAUUUAACAAGUCCGCACAGAAAUGCAAGGAGAAAAUCAAAAAACUGAAGCAGGACUACAGGAGGGUCAAGAACAGUCAACAUGUUGGUUGGGCAAGGACUGCGUGGUUUGGAAUUCUGGAUGAAGUCCUUGGUUCUCAGGGUGCGACCUCGAAACUUUCAGAAACUUCAAAGUCUUCAUCGGCAGAGCCAAAUGAAGUUGAUAUGGAGGCUGAUGAUGCAUGGAAGUGGUCUCCUGAUGAAGUCCAAGUGCUCGUAACUCUCUGGGCGCAGCCGAACAUUCAGAGGCAGCUGCUCGCCUCGGAAGAAAAUGACGAAGUCUUCACGUACCUCAGCGAUGAACUGGCUCAGGUUGGCUUUAGCAAGUCGCCCCAGCAGUGCAGUCUGAAAGUGGAUAAACUUAAGAAGGAGUACACAAAACUCAAACAAGGGGGGGCAAAUGUGAAUGAUAAAAGUGACUGGUUUGCCAUCAUGGAUAGUGUUCUCUUCCCUGAAGGAGAAGCUUCCAAAGAGCGUAAUUUAUCUGCAGUGCUGACAGCCUCUAAACCCCCUGAAGAUUUUUCACACGCUGUUUGGACAACAGAGGAAGUUGAUGCACUGCUCACGAAAUGGGCAGAGGAGCAUGUCCAGGAGCAGCUGAAAUCCACUCAGGGCGACGAGAGGGUGUACGCUCAGCUGAGCUCAGAGCUCGCCACUCAGGGAUUCGAUAAGACCACCAGUCAGUGCAGGACAAAACUGCGACUGCUAAAACAAGAGUAUGAAAGGAUUAAGGAGCAGAAAGACUCCAAAGCACAAAAGAGUAAAUGGUUUGCCAUCAUGGAGAAGGUUUUUAGUUGCCACAAGCCAGAAAUCAAGUCAAAUCUGGUACCUCUGGAAACUUCACACCAUGAAAAACCUGAAAAACUGGAGGGUUGUGGCUUGUCCGUCGCCUCUCUGUGCCUCCUGGUUCCCACCCUACGCCUGAUGUGUGCCUUUGCCUGGAAGGUGAUCCAGAGUGGUAAUGUUGCACAUUACCGAAAAGUGGAGGAGCUGGCGAUGCUGGUGACGGAGCUGGCUCCGGGUCUGCUUACGGCCAGAGAAAGAGUGCAGCUCCUGCUCAGACUGAGGGCGAGGUUUGUGCUGGAGUUGUGUCAAAGUAAGAACACAGCUAACCUGCUGAACAUCCAACCCCACCUGAGGGUUAUUCAGGAUCUCAAGAUGAGUGCUGACUGUGGUCAGGAGGAGCUGAAUGAGUUGGAGAGUUCAAAGUCAAAUUUUGUAGAGAUUGUUUAUGCCUUGCUCAAGGACACAGAGGAAAGAAAGAGGUUUUUCACGGAAGUCUUCCCGAUCCACUACGGACAACAGUAUGAAGCCACCCUUCAAAGAUUAGUUUGGAAAUUCAUUUCCAGAUUGGACAAUCUCUUACCUAUUCCUGAUAUAAAACAGACUGCAGAGUGGCUCAGCAGCUCCCCCUCGGUUAUGGAAGAAUGUGGGAAGCUGGUUUUGGAUCCAGGACAGCUGAAGACACUCCUGAACUUCCAAGAGCAACAAACAGGAACUCUAAACACGAGCUUGCCUCAUGCUCAGAAUAUGUUUUUGCCCUCGUUGUCUCUUCGUCUGAAAACAAACUCGAAGCAGCAACUACCAGUCCAUCCCAAAGGGUCAGCUGCCGAUGAUGAUGAUGAAAACCAAACACAUGACAAUUUAAUUAUGGAGAACCUAAAAGAUAAACAGAGCGAUAGUGUGGUAGCUGCAAACUGCUCAAGUGUCAUCUCUGCACCUUUAAAACUGCAUCGCUGCUCCAUGUGUCACUUUACUGACACCAAAGUGUCUGCACUUCUCAGUCAUAUCAGACAGGAGCAUCUCAGUCCAUUUCAGGACACUUUUGAAGACCACUUAUUUCAAAACACCAGCAUGGAGCUUGAUUGUGAGUUGUCCAGCGAGCUCUUAUCAAAUGUAGCAGGCUCAAACAGCCACGGUCCUCCUUAUCAAUGUGACAAAUGUGACAAAAGGUACCUCUCCAAAUCGUCCCUCAUUGUCCACUAUCGGAUCCACACGGGCGAGGCUCCAUACCUAUGCUCCCACUGCGGCCAAGGGUUCAGGUCCUCGGCCUACCUCGACUUGCACACACGCGUCCACACUGGAGAGCGGCGCUACAAGUGUCACAUCUGUGGCAAGACCUCCAACCAGCACCUGACAAGGCACAUGCGAAUGCACAGAGGAGAGAAGAACUACUUGUGCACUGAGUGCGGGAAGGCAUUCCUCUCCAACGGGGAGCUGAAGCUUCAUAUGCGGUACCACACCGGGGAGAGGCCGUACACGUGCAAACACUGCGGGAAAGGCUUCAUCGCCAAAUGCCUUCUGACAGUUCACACUCGUCGGCACACUGGAGAGAGUCCCUACAGGUGUCCAAUGUGUCCGAAAUCCUUUCCCACUCUGAGAGCGCAGAAAAAGCACCUCAAGAUCCACUCCAACAAGAAGUCCUUACAGUGUUUGGAAUGUGGUCGAAUCUUCAGGCUGGAAGACACUUUUAAACUGCAUGUUAAAACACAUGAACUAAUAUAGACUCAUUUAUAUAGGACUGUGGCUUUUAAAAGCCCAACUUGGACUUUCGCCAAAUAUUUAAAAUUUUAAAAAUUCACAGCCUUGUUUAGCUCUGGUAAGAUUAGCUCUAUGAACAUAUUACGACUUCAAAGGAAAAAAAAACGGCUCAAGUUUGCAGUGCAAUUACUUUAUUAAAACUGUAAAGCUAGCAUUCCAAAAAAAACAACAUAAAUGACAUAAACUGUUUAUGCCCUGAUGUUUUUAUGAUUACUCUGAAAAUAAUAAACAAUAAUGUUUUAA